GUCUCAGAAAGUUUGACUCCACUAAUACCUCUUCAGUAUGUUUGUGCUCCAGACAGCGAGCAUACCCUCUUGGCAGCUCCAGCUCAAUUCCUUUUAGAGAAGUUCCUUCAAUAUGCCACUUACAAGCUUUUCCCAAAGGCCAUCUACAAUUUUAAAAACCCAGUCUUAGCUGUUGAUUGCUAUUUAAAUAUUGGGCCGCAGGUAGCUCUUUGCUAUGUAAGUUCACGUCCACAUUCGGUUAAUGUCAACUGUGAAGGGGUGUUUUUCAGUGGUCUUCUUCUCUACCUUUGUGACUCCUUUGUUGGACCAGACUUUCUUAAAAGGUUCAAAUUCCUGAAAGGUGCAACACUGUGUGUGAUAUGCCAAGACAGGAGCUCCUUGCGUCAAACCAUUGUGCGAUUAGAGCUGGAAGAUGAGUGGCAGUUCCGUCUGAGAGAUGAAUUCCAAACGGCUAACAGCUCUGAUGACAAGCCGCUCUAUUUUCUGACUGGGCGCCAUGUGUAAAAGCUUGAGUCAAAGGCACAGGAUGCAAGACAACCCGAUGAGCUGAAUUAUCUCUUUUUCCUUAUUUCGGUUAAUGUACAAUCAUUGUGGAGCAAAGUGCAACCCAAGACUUGUGUCCAGUCACUAUUUUAAGGAUUUCCCCGAAUUGAGGCCCAGUUUUAGAAGUUUUCUCUCUUAUUUUAUGAUUGAAAGAGCAUUGAUCUCAAGUUGAUUCCUCCUGGGCCACUGAUUUUGAAGACGAUAUAUCCACUGUGACUAAGAUAUGGAGAAAUCUUUUAAAGGGGAGGGGGGAUGAAAUUACUUUUGGCCUCUGCCAGCUGGAAUUACAGGAGACACAUACAAGGCAAGUGGGCUUGUCUGAAGAUGAUGUACUGAGGAAUGCUGUCCAUUUCUCUUCAUAUCUGUACUUUUUGUACGGUCUAAACUCAGGGGUUUAAAACUACAAAACACAGAUAUUUGUGUUUGAAAGAAUAAACUUUAUUCACUUUCUGUGCAGUGUUAGGUGAUGGUUUGUAAAAAUUUUUUAAUGUAUUAAAACUGUUUUGGCAAAGUUUCCACAAGUUAAAACGUUUACUUCAAAAGCCUGAACAAAUCAGUGAAUGUAUGGCAGGCAUUUAUAUAAAGAUGCAGCUUGGGGGUAUCGUUAUUGAUUUAAAUCCAGAGCUCCUUUGUGAAGAGAGAAUCUGUGUAGGUGACAUGAUUUUUCUUUUCCCUUCAACAAUAUAUAUGAAACUGGAUCCCAAAGGAGAGGCUGCGUACAAACCUGCUUUUGCAUUCAGAUCAUCACUGACCAUGGUUUGGAAAGUAUCUGUUCAGCCAGCCUAAAUAGAUAGCUUUUGCAUAUUGUUUCCUCAGUGUAUUUAAGCUCCACCAAUGAUUUCUGUCCUCAGUGUUAUGGUAUGUUGUUUUGAAAUGGCUAAAUAACCUUCUUGUUUCUUGCAUAGCUGAAAUUCCAGGAAUUGUUUCUGCAGUGGAUGCCUCACAUGCUUUGGCUUUUUCGAGUGAUGGGGUUAGAAAAUGUUUUGUGCUUUAUGAAGAGCAUUUUACUAUUCUGUGAUGAAGAUAUUCAGCAUAGAAUAGGAAAAAAUGGCUUAGUACUUCGUAAUUAAAUUAUAGACGUCCUUUAGGAAUCACUUUCCACUGAAUUGGGACCAACAACAGCAUGCUUUCCAACAAUCUAAAACACACCUGGAAAAGUGGGCCAGUUUAUAUGGUUUGAAGCAGUUGAAUACUGGCUCCAUGGGGCUCAUACAGCUCUGUUCCCCCUAUUUGCCAGUGUGAGCAAAUGGCCAAAUGGAGGCACCAUAACAGGGCAGUAGUCCUGUCUCGAUCUGGCAUCUUGGCACCAUGCUUCUGCUCCAAAGCUCAAGAGAUUUUAGAUGGCACAGAAUUAGGGAAAUGGGUGGUAGGUCCGGAGCAUCUCUUGCUGCAAUGCCUCUUGCACUGCUUGCACAUGUCUGUACUUUGGUGGGGAAUGGGAGAACUGGAGCUUUCCUGAGCUUAGCACAAGUCCUUCAUAUGCAAAUAUCAUGCAUAUGCUUGACUGGAUCAAGCCCUGGACUUUUUAUUUGUCUGAAUUAGGGAGAAAGAGAUGUAUUAAAUUUUAAAUAGGCAUUAAGUUGUGUAAAAGUGAGGUUCUUUGCACCAGCACUUUGUGCUGUGAAAUAUGCUGAGUGUUUAAAUGAGUCUAGUACAAUCAGGUCUUCACACUGCAGUUAACAAAACAGGUAGUCCUUGACUUACGACCACAAUUGAGCCCAACAUUUCUGUUGUUAAAUGAGUUUUGCCCCAUUUUAU